GCACUGACCCCGCCGGGCCCUAGCAACCAGAGCAGUGACAGUAGCAACGGCCGGAAUGGCAAAAGCAACAACAAUCAAAGAGGCCCUAGCCAGAUGGGAAGAAAAAACCAGUCAGAAGCCAUCAGAAGCCAAAGAGAUAAAGCUUUAUGCCCAGAUCCCUCCUAUAGAGAAGAUGGAUGCAUCCUUGUCCACACUUGCUAAUUGCGAGAAACUUUCACUGUCUACAAACUGCAUUGAAAAAAUUGCCAACCUGAAUGGUUUAAAAAACUUGAGGAUACUGUCUUUAGGAAGAAACAACAUAAAGAACUUAAAUGGCCUGGAAGCAGUAGGGGACACAUUAGAAGAACUGUGGAUAUCCUACAAUUUUAUUGAGAAGUUGAAAGGGAUCCAUGUAAUGAAGAAAUUGAAGAUUCUCUACAUGUCUAAUAACCUGGUGAAAGACUGGGCUGAAUUUGUGAAACUGGCAGAACUGCCAUGCCUGGAAGACCUGGUGUUUGUGGGCAACCCCUUGGAAGAGAAGCAUGCUGCUGAGGGGAACUGGAUCGAAGAGGCAAGCAAGAGAGUGCCCAAGCUGAAAAAACUGGAUGGCACUCCAGUAAUUAAGGAAGAGGAGGAGGAAGAUAACUAAUGCCACAUUUUCCACUUUGUGUUAACUUAUUUAAAUGUCAUACGAACAAUAGAUAAGUUUUAUAAAAUUGUCUAUUUUAAAAAUUCUGUGUGGGGCAAAGGGUUUUUAAGAUAAACAAAUCUCUCAUGCCUAUCUUUUUUUCUUUUUUUUUUUUUUCCUAUCUUUUUUUCUUAACCUAUUCAGUGGUCCUCACCAAAAAUGAUAACACCAACUUUGCAUAUUUUAGUCCUUUUUAGAAAUUACAGAUUUUCAGUUUUUGUCUCUAGUCCUAGUUACGUACUACAUGGCCCCAUUGCUGAAACUUUUGUGGACUUGUUAACAACAAAGAAACAAAUGUGGUUCUUUUUUCAGUUUAACUUUUUUAGGUCAGGCAUUAACAUAUAUAUAUAUGUAUUUAACUUUUAUAUCUGUAGACCAUCCUUCUUGGUGUUUCAUCUCUUUAUGACUUGGAAGCACAAACGUGUCAUGCCUUUGGUUCAGAGGCAGUAUGGUGAUGGGAAGAGUUCCUCUUAAAAAUACAGCAGCAGCUCUAGAACAGUUAGAAACAUGGUGAAAGAAAAACUAAAAUUGUGGAGGCCUUAUAGCCCAUGUUGUAUUUACUUAUUUGUUUUUCCAAAAAUAUGUGCAUUGUCAACUGGAAUUUAGGUUGAGUUCACAUGCAUGGCCACUUGAGUUCUGUGUAAGUUAUUCCCUGAUCCAGAGAUUAAAAUGACUAUCAUGGUCAAUCCUUUAACCAAUACUGUGGCCUUGUUCAUAUGGACCUGAUUUUCGACACACAUUUUGGUUUAUAGUUCCUUAUAUUUCAUAUGAGGAAGUAUAAGAAGUAGUUUUAUUUGAAUUCCUAUCCUAAAUGUUAACCAUUUAUGCACGUCAAACCUGCCCUAAUAACUUAAAUCUGUUGACUCUCAUGUUGGGAGAAAUGAUUGUUAUAAUGGUAUAGAACUUAAGGACUGCAUUUGGUACCUUUCAAUAAGUAAAAUUUACUAUUUCAAAAAAGUAUUUUUAGAGAAGUUCUAAGUAAGCAGCUUUUACAAUGGAUUUUGUAAGUGAUUGUUAAGGAAAAAGAGAAGAGAUGUUUCUUUAUGGGAUCCCAGGCAAAUGGCAAUAUUUUUGAGGAUUGUCUUCUAAGUGAAGCAUUGUAGGUAAUUUAAUCUCAGAAUUGCAAAGCAAUAGUUAGAUGCAGAGCUUAGGUUUUGUCAUAGAAGAAAACAAUUCUUUUUGAAAAAUGCAAGAUAUGGUCAUCGGUAACCAGUAACAGACUGACGAAAUCGCUGAUAGAUUGCAGAAAAGAAGUCUGAGGCUCCCUGCCAAGUUGUGCCUGAAGUCCCUCAACCAGAGACUGUUGGUUCUUAUCUCCCCAUUUACCUGUGUCUUUCUCCAUUUUACUUGUCAAAGUGGGGAGAGUCAUUUUUAAAAAGUGGUUGCAUAAAUAGUCCUGGAUUUCCGAAGUUUUCAGCUAUCAUUUAAGUAGGAUUUCUCUGAGUCGCUCUGAUCACACGGGACCACUGCUUUGACAAUCAAUUUUAAAUACAAACAACAAAGGGAAAAACUAGUCCAUCACUUUUUAAGCUUCCUUUUAGCAUUUCCUUACAGUAUGGUAGGAAGAAACCUUUACUCUGACAGACUUACACUUCAGAGCUUUUAGAUAUUUCUUUUGUGGUCCAUAGGCAAUGAGCCUUGAUUCCCUUGCUGAUGUUUAAGACCCAUAAACUAAGAGAGAAGAUAAUCUUUAUACUUUGCACUUCUUCUAGUAGGCAGACUUGAAGCCAUAUUGCUGUGUAUGAUGUAUUUUCUAAAAGUUAUCCUGGAAGUGAACAUAAUAGGGAAUGGAUGACUUCAUGUUGAAUUUAUUUGUAAAAUGGCUUACAGUGUUGUGUUUGGUUUUUCUAAAUUCCGUAACAUAGAACUAAUUUUUUUUGUUUCUUGAUCACUUCUCAGAGAAAUGUAAGGUGAUUUUCUCUGUCCAUUUCACACAAGACUCAUAUUCAGUUCUGCUCAAUGAAUAUUGGAAUAACUCCAGUGCACCCUUUUCAUGGAAUUAAAGCCAGAAUCCAUGCCAUUAGGAAGUGGGAGAUAGGCUGUAUAAAGAAUUUCAGAAUAUUCUCUCAAAUCAUUCCUUAAAUCAUCCAUCCUUUACUGCUGUAAAUUUACUGCUGAUAUUAAAUGCCUUUGGUUUAUGCUUAGAUUUCAUAUUUGACCUACUUGGAAUGGAUUCUCGGUAUCCCUAGUUUAAAACAUAAUGCCAUCUUAGUAGAUUAUUUAAAUUUCUUUUAUUGUCAUAAUGAUGGUAGAGCUCUGGAAUCAGUUCAGUAUUUUAAUUUUUUACGGGAGUAAUUCAACUUUCCUACAUUCCCUAACUCCAAGCUUAUGACUUGGAAGGUAUUUGUGUUCUUUGUUAAUAGGAGUUAAUUCCUUUAAACCAGUUUCUCAACCUUGGCACUAUUAACAUUUGGGGCUGGAUAAUUCACUAUUGUGAAGGGCUGGUCUGUGUAUUAUAGGAGGUUUAGCAGCAUCCUUGGCUUCUACUUAGAUGCCAGUGAAAUCCCCUCUCCAGUCGUGAUGACCAAAAACAUCUUCAGACAUUACCAUCUGCCCCAUGGGGUAAAAGAAUGGGAACAAAUUCAUCCCUACUUAAGAACCAGUGCUUUAUAUUAACCUUCCUUUUAUCCAGGGUCCAUGUAUUUUUACUCUGUAGUAAAAAUAGCUAAUGUCAUCUGAGUUAUUUGAGAGAAGUCAUUAUGUUUAAAAUCACAGAUGGAAGGAAAUGGUCACUGGUGUUCCCCCCACCCUUUUUUUUGUAAUGUUCAAUUUAAUAAUUUUCUUAUAAUGUUAGAAACUCAGGGCCGGGAGGUUGAACUUAUCUUCUUUUUCAGCAGGGUCUCAACUUUAAUUUUUUAACAUUCUUGCUUAUCUUAGGACAUGAUUGAUUAACCUACCUCUAUCAGCAGACCCACUUUUAUGACAGAUUUUGCUUUGUCUCUAAAGUUAACAUUCUGAGUGUACAUUUGAAAAUGGAUCAUUUUUUAAGUUUUCAUUCAUUAUCCUAGGAAUGCACAGACUUUUUCAGGCUACAGCAGUCACCAAAUAUAGAAAAAUAUUACAUAAAGUUUGGCAAUCAUGUGUGAAAAUUAUCUAGUGUAGACACUGAUUUUGGAUGUGAUCCAAAAAAAUGUCUGGUCAUAAUAGCUGGUCAAUAACUUGGUAUGGUUACUGAAUCCAUUCUGCAAGCAGGUGGUAUAAGACACUUAGAUGGGGUUCAUAUGUGGAAAGAGAAAUUUUGACUUAAAUAGAUGCUGCUUCUGAUACUUUUUACCAGUAACCUAAAGUAGAAUAAGGAGUGACUUAUUCUCAGAAUUGGUGAUUUGUAAGUAGAGUUGAAAGUUAUUUUCUGUGACCUAGAAUCUUCUGAGUGUUUCUUAAAACAAUGGGAAAAGUAUAGGUCCUUGAAAGGCUGGAUUUAAUCAUUCACUUAGAAAAAAAUGGGGAAAAUUCAGGCAUCGAUUAGUGUCUAACUGCAGUCCAAUAUACAAAGAUCUUCCAUUGUAUAUUGCUAAACUGAAAGUUACCCUUAGUCAGAAAUCAGUUCCUUUUGCACACAUUUAUUUAAACUGCUUAAUGUGGCUGUAAAUAAUUAAAUAUAAAACAAGAUUCAGUGUAGCAGAGUUGGUGCUUCCAACCUAGUUAACCUAACCAUACUCCUUUAUCUUCACUGUAGCAUGAGUUUCCUUCUUUUUGUAAAACCAUAAAAUAGGUGCAAUAAAAAUAUUAAGGGUUAUGUUUUAAAAAUCAAGGAACUUUUAGAAAUCCCAUGUCUGUAUCUUUAUUCCUGCCUUUUUAUAAGCCAGUGACUACAAAAGAAAAAACACUGAAAGAGAAAACUAGACUGAGUCUUACCUUUUUCUGACCCAAGAUAAAUUUUCACUUAACACUUAGAGAAGUCAUAACUGGACUCUAGUUAAUUUCCCAUAUUGGGCAGGUUAGGGAAACCAGCCAACCAAAUUAUUAUCUAUCAAAUUUAACAAGAGGAAAGGGAGAGUAAAUUAUUUUUCACUACAUUUGCACUUUAAAAUUAUGAACUGGAUGUUGGUGGAAAAUAAUCCCAAAGGGCAAAUGGGUAGAUACCUCGCUUAUAUGUGGCUAUUAGAGAAUCAAACUUCAUCUUUGCUCCUUCUAAACCCACAUGAGCAGCAGUUUUCUUUUGAUAGAGUCAGAGUCAGGAUUUCCCUAGUUCUCUACUUGGUCAUCUUCCACGUCUGCUGCAUUGACAGUCAUCCCUCUAGAGGAUGUGUCAAGUAUAAUUCUUCUACUCAGAAUAGAAAUUUUGUGAUUUUUCUUUGCCACACAUACCUUUUAAACUAUUUAGAUGUUGGCUAAAUUAAGUUGUGACUAAUAUUACCAGGGUGGGGAGUUCAGCGGGGGACCUGCCUGUGAGGUGCUAUUGCCUAGAGGAGUAAUCCCAUCAAAAGACUGGUGAGUUGGUAGCUGUAGAAAACACACAUGCUUUUCCCAGGGUAUCAGUCAUGAUCACAAGCAGCAUUCCAGAAUCUUUAGCUUCUAGAACCAACUCCAUUCUUCAGAGAACGUUUUAACAUCUAUCAAUACUUUGGUAAUAAUCUUUUAUAUGCAGGAAUUUUGUAGUGUGACUUUAUCACUAAACUUACUGUGUUAAAUUAUUUAGAAAUAUUGAGUUUCUGAAUGUUAUUUUGUGAGAUUUGUUUUAAAAUAGUAAUAAAUUGUGUUAUUUU